CUUUCAGUUUCGUUUUUGGUGAACUGAGAGCUUAGCUGCAUAUAUAUAGCGGGUAAUAAGAAAGCAGAGCAUCCUUCCAGUGAGAUCUCUGCGAGGAAACAGACAUGAUAUCUCUGUGGGACAGUUCUUUACAGGAGAAGAUAGGCGAGCUUCAUGACGACACCUGGAGCAUUGAAAUUAAUGACUCGAUUGAGGAAAACAGACCAGCUCGUGACUGGCACCAGUACAUUUCUGGCUCCUUUGCACAGUUCAAGUGUUCUCUUUGUAAAAAAGGCUGGGGGUCUAAAAGAGUGCAGGUGCUGUUCCAUUUCCACCUGAACUCAGCAAGAAAUCGGGGAACUAUUAAAGUGCGACGCUUCAAACAGAAGUGCAGGAGAUGUACCCAAGCUCCGUGGGAGGAACCAAACUUCCCAGUGGAAAACAUCGAUGUGCUUGUUGAGAGACUGGUUAAAAAAAUCCGUGUGAAAUGCUACAGAGAAGACCUGGGUCAGCCGAACAGAUCCUCCGUGUUCAGUGGCAGAGUUAAUGGGCCGCAUGAAACUGCUCACUGUGAAGCCUGUCAUAAGGGUGUCUGCACUCAGGCCAACUGACACCAGUAAAUAAGCGGAUAGUUCUUAUUUAUUAUUAUAAAUGGUUUUCACAAUGAAAAAAAGGAAUAACAAGGAAUGUGGUAUUUCUUUUAUAUCAUUCUAUAUAAUUUAAAAUGUGUAAUAUUUUACAAGAUACUGCUGUAAACAUUACAAAAGAUCCCAAAAUUCCCUGAUGCUUGAGAAAUAUAUAUAUAUAU